AUGAUUUCCGUAGCCGACCUCGAUUAUGCCUCCCGCAAAUCCAGCAUUUUCCUCUUUGCCCCCCAUGUCGGCACUUUCACCAAGCAGUCCAUGGACAAGCUCGUCCGGCCACUCGCGGCUAGCGCCCACAGGGACUGGAUCCUAGAUACCGUUGCUGGUCUGCCAACAUACUGGGAUGCCCUGGCGGUCAAGAUACCCAACAUAGGGAACGCAAUUCCGGGCCGCCGUCAACUAACUGAUCUCGACACAUGGUUCCGGCACGGCGCAGGCGACGUGACGCAGGACGAUGCCACCCUCCCCAGCAUCGUCGUCGGCCCCUUGGUGAGGACUCGGCGGACUUACAAGCGGACGUGGUCACCCGCCAGACCCAGCCGGGGAGCCAAGGUCGAGACUUUGGGCUUCUGUGCCGGGCUACUAGCCGCCGUGGCUGUGGCUAGCGCCGGUAAUCGACAAGAGUUCCAAAAAUAUGGCGCCGUAGCGGUGCGGCUAGCCAUGAUGGCCGGUGCGCUCAUCGAUGGCCAAGAGGCGCGCGACAAGGCGACCCGCGACGGCGGCUCCGUGUCCUAUGCCAUAGCAUGGCGCGGCCAGAAGCCGGGAGAGGAGGCUGCGCGCAUAGUCAAGGACCUGAACCCAAACGCCUACUUCGCCGUGCUUUACGACGAGGCCCGCGCCACCGUGACCACAACCCGACGCACGGCUCCCAGCCUCGUGAACCGGCUCCGGGCUGCUGAUGUCACGGUGGCCGAGAUUGGGAUCAAGGGCCGCAUCCACAGCCCCGACUCGGAAAGGAAGAACAACACUGAUCUACUCGUGGACCUGUGCAAGUCAUUCGAGGAUCUGCAAUAUGCUGACGCCGCCUCUCUCGCGUUGCCGACCUACAACAACGAGGCUGAAGGCAGGCCUGUGUCGCGGGAUCGCGGUAAUAUGACCGAGAUGGUGAUCCGCGCCAUCUUAGUGAACCAGUGCAACUGGUAUGGGACGUUUAAGGGUGCUACGGAAGGCAGGGAGCCCUUUGUAGUCACCUUGGGCCUGGAGCGUAGUGUGCCACCGACGCUGAUGCGCAGUCUCGGACCUCACCAAGUGCACUACGAGGACCUGGCGGACAACGGCAUCCCCCCAGCUCCGCAGUCUCCUCCCAGGGCAGUCAUUGAAACCCAACCACAGCCACAACAGCAGCAAGAUACAACCCCGCCGAAAAUCCUCGAGAACGACAAAGACGCCAUCGCCGUCGUCGGCAUGUCCAUCAAGACAGCCGGCGCCGACGACCUGGACGAAUUCGUGGAGAUGCUCAAGACGGGCCGGUCCCAGCACGAGCCCGUGACGCGGGAGCGGCUCAUGCACGACAUGCUCUUCCGGGCCGCCGCGGACAGCGACCCCAACCACAAGUACUACGGCUGCUUCAUCCGGGACUCGGACGCGUUCGACCACCGCUUCUUCAAGCGCAGCCCGCGCGAGUCGGCCGCCAUGGACCCGCAGAGCCGCCUGGCCAUGCAGGCCGCCUACCAGGCGGUCGAGCAGUCCGGCUACUUCACCGAAACAACCGCCGCGCCCGAGGGCCGCGACAAGAAGCACGUGGGCGUGUACCUGGGGGUGUGCGGUAUGGACUACGACCACAACAGCACGUGCCACGAGCCGAGCGCCUUCACGGCGACGGGGGCGCUGCGCAGCUUCAUCACGGGCCGGGUGUCGCACUAUUUUGGGUGGACGGGCCCGUCCAUGACCUUCGACACGGCCUGCUCGUCUUCGGCCGUGGCCAUCCACACGGCCUGCCGCAACCUGCUCUCGGGCGAGUGCACGGCGGCGCUGGCCGGCGGCGCCAACACCAUCACCAGCAUGCUUUGGUUCCAGAACCUCAGCGCGGGCAGCUUCGUCAGCCCGACGGGCCAGUGCAAGCCCUUUGACGACGCCGCCGACGGCUACUGCCGCGCCGAGGGCAUGGCCUUUGUGUUUUUGAAGAAGCUGUCCGACGCCGUGCGCGACGGCAACCCCGUGCUGGCAACCAUCCCCAGCACGGCCGUCUACCAAAACCAGAACAGCACCCCCCUGUUCGUGCCCAACUCCCCCUCCCUCUCGAUGCUCUUCUCCGACGUGAUGCGGCAGGCCGGGGUCGCACCGCGCGACAUCUCGCUGGUCGAAGCGCACGGCACGGGCACGCCCGUGGGCGACCCGGCCGAGUACGAGAGCAUCCGCACGGCGCUGGGCGGGCCGCGCGUGGGACGCACCAAGCCGCUGCCGAUCGGGUCGGUCAAGGGCCACAUCGGGCACACGGAGGGUGCGUCGGGGGCCAUCGCGCUGAUCAAGGUGAUCAUGAUGAUGCGCGGCGGCUUCAUCCCGCCGCAGGCCAGCUUCACCAAGAUGAGCCACAACAUCGCGGUGCGGCCGGACGACAUGAUGGAGGUGGUGACACAGCUGCGCCCCUGGGCCGACCCGCACAAGAUCGCCCUCCUCAACAACUACGGCGCCUGCGGCUCCAAUGCCAGCCUGAUCGUCGCGCAGCCGCCCCCGGCCCUGCGCGCACCGACGCGUGGCGCCCAUCAACACCCCGAGGGGCGGCGGUAUCCGUUCUGGAUCGCGGGGCUCGACGCCCGGGCAAUUUCCGCCUACGCGGCUAAGCUGAUCCGCUACCUCCCGUCGUCUCCCCAGGACAUUCCCACACUCGCCGACAUCUCCUUUAGCAUGAACCGGCAGUCCAACCGCGGCCUAGCGCAGGGGUUCGUGUUCAGCAGCCGGUCGGUGGCCGAGCUGCAAGAGAAGCUGGCGCAGGCGGCCGGAGCGGCUGGGAAGGAGGCCGCGGCGCUGGUGGGCAUCGAGCCGGUCAGGGCCGAGCGGCCCGUGGUGCUGUGCUUUGGCGGGCAGGUGUCGCUGUUCGUGGGGCUGGACAGGGCGCUGUUCGACAGCGCGGCCGUACUGCGGCGGCACCUGGACGAGUGCGAUGCCGCCGUGACGGCGCUCGGCCUCGACAGCAUCUACCCGGGCAUCUUUGAGCGGGAGCCGGUACAAGACACGGUCAAGCUGCAGACGAUGCUGUUUGCUAUGCAGUAUGCCUCUGCGAAGAGCUGGAUGGACUGCGGGCUGCAAGGCAAGGUGGCCGCCGUUGUGGGCCACAGCUUCGGCGAGAUCACGGCGCUGUGCGUGGCCGGCGUGCUUAGCCUGGAGGAUACCAUCAAGCUUGUGGCGGCCAGGGCCAGACUGGUGCGUGAUUCGUGGGGUCCCGAUCCGGGUGCCAUGAUGGCUGUUGAGGCCGACGAAGGCCUCGUCCGUGAGCUGUUGCAGGAAGCGAACCGCAGCUCGGAUGGGUCGGCCGGCAUUGCUUGUUACAACGGACCGCGCAGCUUUACCCUCGCCGGAUCGACCAGCGCGGUGGAUGCGGUGCAGGCGACCAUGUCGGCUGACGCCAAGUUCAAAGCCAUCAGGAGCAAGCGGCUGAACGUGACGAACGCCUUCCACUCCGCCCUUGUCGAGAAACUGGUGGAUUCCCUGGGACAGGUCGGAAAGGAGCUGACGUUCCACCCACCCACCAUCCCCCGUGGAACGGGCAACGGAAACGCCCUUUGA